AUGCAAGGGACAAUCAUAGAAAAUUUAAGCGGUAGAAAGCUCUCGGUACUUGUAAUAUUACUUGUUAUCGCACAAAUAGUUUGUUUUCUAAUAGGCGGGCUUAUUGCUCCAACUCCAGCUAGUAGUCAAAAUAUACUUGGUACACCUUGUAAGGAUAUUCGUAUAAAUGGCUCUGAACCAGGAGGAAAAAAAUGGUUUUAUUCAAGAGGAAAAGGGAAAUGUAUUUCUGUUGACAUGAAUCGGUUUAGUUUUGACAGUCAUCAUCAGGCAUAUCAAGUUGUUUACACAUUUCAGAUGCCUGUGCCUCGAAAUAGCAUGCAACUUGAUUAUUCUAGAUGGCAACAAAAUUUGAUAGGUGUUUUGCAAGUGGAUAUUGUUUAUCAUAGUCAGAUAGAAAUUGCUCCUAGGACUAAGAUAACAUUGGAUGCAAGGCUUGCUUACAGAAAUAAAGGAGAUCCGGAUGAUGCUUGGAAACCAUAUGCAGCCUCUGUAGUAGAAAGAAUUCUGGAUUGUAGCAUUGAUGAUGCAAUGGAACAGUAUAAUUAUAAUUGUAGUGUGGUACCAUUAUUUGAACUUGGAUCUUUAUUUCAUGAUUAUUAUCUUCUAAACAUUCGUCUUCCUGCUGACACUGAUAGAAACAUUAAUCAGGGUUUGGGACAUAUAACUGAUUUAUGGCUCACAGCUAUCAAUCAAAAUGGUGGAUUUACAAAAGUAUGGGUCAGUUUAAAAACCAUUUACUUUCCAAUUGUGUUGUGUGUCCUUAUUUGGUACUGGAGGAGAGUACACAUGCUUUCCAGAUCACCAGCUCUUUUAGAAUAUUUACUUUUAGCAUUGGGCAUAGCUCUAUCAUUUUUAAAUUUGCCUCUGGAAUAUUUAACACUUGCUUAUGAUAUGCCAUUUAUGCUUCUAUUGGGUGAUAUUAGACAAGGAGUGUUUUAUGCAAUUCUUUUAUCUUUUUGGCUUGUAUUUGCUGGAGAACAUCUUAUGGAAGGUGAACAGAGAAACUCUCUAAAGUGUUACUGGCGUCAUCUUUCUGCAGUAGGAAUUGGAUGUCUAUCAUUAUUUGUAUUUGAUAUGUGUGAACGUGGGGUCCAAUUACGAAAUCCAUUCUAUUCAAUUUGGGUUACAGAUCUUGGAACUAAAUUUGCUUUAUCGUUUAUAAUUUUAGCCGGAGUAUCUGCUGGCGUGUAUUUAAUAUUUUUGGCUUAUAUGAUCUGGAAAGUAUUUAUGAAUAUUAGUGCAAAACGAGCUGCAUUACCCAGUAUGAGCUCGGCACGACGUUUACAUUAUGAAGGUGUAAUAUAUCGAUUCAAAUUUUUGAUGAUCGCUACACUUUUAUGUGCCUCUUUAACAGUCGUUGGAUUUAUUCUUGGUCAGGUCGCGGAAGGGCAAUGGAAAUGGGAUGAAGAAUUACAUUUGGAGAUGACAUCAGCAUUUUUCACUGGUGUAUAUGGAAUGUGGAAUAUUUACAUCAUAGCAUUAUUGUGCUUAUACGCACCAUCGCACAAACAGUGGCCUAUCGAACCAUCCGAAAAUAGUAUUAGUGAAGAAAUUGAAUUUUCACGUUUAUCUACCGAUCCUAACGAAAUGUUAUCUUUGACAGCAUUCGCACGAAAAGCAGCAGUAGAAUAAGUAGUACACAUUUUUUAUAAAAAAUAGAGCAGUGGUAAUUGACCAGUCAACACAAUUUUGUACUUAAACAUAGCCUGGGAAAGCUAUAAAUUACUUAAGGAAUUAAGGAUUUCUGAUAUUUAUAGAGAAUGCAAGGACUGAUAAUACUCUUACAAGUAAUCUUUUAAUGCCAAAAUUAAUUAUUUAUUAAGAAAAAUAUUUUUUAUGCUUUACUUUUUCUACAUGUUUUCUUAAUAUUUUAUAUACUUAACGACUUACUUAAUAAGUAUCUCUAAGCGAAAUAAGUAGGGAGUCUUUUUUUUUCAUUACGUCCGUCUCUGUACGUGAUCAUGCUAGAAUACUGUACAGAUAUUGUUACGUUAUAUAACAUUCCAUUUCUGUAUUACUUACAGUAAUAGUCUUUAAUGCAUUAAAUAAUCCACAAUACCUAUUUUCUUUAACAAUCAAUAAUCUAUUCCGUCGUUUUAUACAACAUAUCAAUAUUGGGCAUUUAUCUAUUAUAUAUUUAACAUUUGUAAACAUGCAUUUUAAUAGUAGCUAUAUAAUAUUGAACACGGGUAUCUCAAUAUUAUUUUGCAUUAUUAUUAUGCAAAAAAAAAAAAUUAGUCUACAUUUGGCAGUAUUAAGUUCCUUGAUAAAUUUUUAAUAUUACAUAUAUUUCUUACAAAUUUUUACUAAUUCCGAUGCAUUACUGAUAUAAUUAUUAGAAAGUAAGAUGCAUGCAACAAAGUAGAUCUGAACAGAAAAGAGGUGCAAUAAAUUUAUACACAAUUGCAAUUUAGUAGAAUGAAUUUAGUGCACACUAGUUAUUUAUAUAGAGUACUUAUAUUUGAUGCAGCAGAAUUAGUAUUUUCUGUAUCUUCGAUGUAUUAAACGAAACGUAUUAAUGAACAAUAAUCUCGAACAAAUUUUGUAUAUCAUUAAUCAUAAUAUUUUUGAAAUAAUUUUAAUUGUAUGAAGAACUAAAAUGUAGUAACCUAUUAGUAUUUUAAGGAACUCCAAUUUCUGUGUAUCUAUUUUUAUUAUUAGAUUUUGGUACAACAUUUUUGAAAAAUUCAACAAUUUUUUUGUUGUAUACAAAAUUUUAUAUUCGC